GCGCUGGACGUAAGAAGAUACUAAUUUUAGAAAUUCUACUUGGAUUUUACGUAAUUGUCAGUCUGUUCAUUACAUACCAUCUGAGUACUGGACGUGAACAAUGGGUCGCAGUAUGCUGAAAUGGCAUGGCAGGCGCAAAUAUCGUAUAAGGGACACACCAUAUGUACGCUUGGAAGAGAGCCCUGAUACUACUAAUGCAGGUAAAAUGAAGAAACAGGGAUUCGAGACCAAACACUUGCGGAAUAUAUGGUCAUCUGGAUGUCUGGCUCGGCGAGCCGUAAUUAAUAAUGCUAGAAAUGGCCAGAGCGAUGUGACUCCCAUGAGUGAAACUGGCGAUGCCGAACAAUCCUCUUUCGUUACAAUAUCAUCAGAGGAGCUUCACUCAGACUCCGGUACCCAAUCGGAAGUUUGCAUGAUGGAAAAUGAACAGUCGCAGCAUGUCAUGCGUAACACCUUUAGAAGAUUUUCGGAAAGUAGUAUAGCCUCAGUGGCGAAAAUGUCAGCAAAAUGGUGCAAAUUUCGGGAUUCAUUUGCUUCAGCUCGAAGAUCUUCUUGUAGUUUGCCUGAAGCCGCAGAUAACUCUUGCAAAAGGCCAAGGAGUGAGGGUGUGAAGGCUGAUGCUGGCAUGUUAACAAGCAGCAAGAAGUCCUUGGAAUGUAUCAAACAGACGAACAGUGUGCAUAACAGAAAACGACGUUGGUCACUAUUUUCAACAGGUUAUGUCAAACUGGAUAAUAGUGAUUCAUCUCAAAGCAUUGUGUUCAGUAUGGAGGAUGCUGCGCAUUCUACCUUUAUUCAGGAGCGCAAGAACCAGGAAGCUGAGAAACGCAAUUAUAGGGGAGGAUUGGAGGACUCUGCAGCCGCACACAAUAAACCUAUUGGGGAAAAGUUUGUCACUAACACAUCACUUGGAUGUAUUCGUAAACACCCAACAUAUUAUAAAAAUGAGAAAGUUAGUAAGAAUCUAGGUAUGCUCAAAAGUACACACAGCAUUAGUAAAGUGAACAAAAUGCCUGUACGAAUGACAGCAUGCCCAAAUAUCUCUAGUGAAAGAAAUACUAGGUGUGUAAAGACGAAGAGACUAAAGAGGAAUAUUAGGGCAACCAAGUUGCCUAAGGUCAGAAGAAAGGACAUAUAUAAUGUCAGGACUCUUAGUGUAAAGAGCUCAGAAGGCAAAGUAGAAGUAAAAAUUUCACUGGAGCUAUCAGAUGCUAGACAACAUAGAAAAGUUUCUCCCACUAGUAGUAAUAGUAGCAGGUCGGGCAUAAGAAAUGAUUAUUACCUUAAAUCACCUCUUCAAACUACUGAUGUUACGCCAGUGUUACCUAAACGUCCUCUAUCCCGCAGAUCGCUGUUUUCUGGGAGUUCUGAUCUCAGAGAAACCGUGACUCGUGGGGAAACUGAAAUGACUAGUUAUGAUGAAGCAACAUGUAACGACAGGAGUAAUUUGUGGAAACUGAAUAAAACACCUACUGCGAAAGAGAAUUGUGUGCAUCUCUCACCUCACACAGCUGGAGCAGAGGACCAGCUCAUUACACCUCCAAAUAGAAAAGAAUUAACACUAUCCAUCGCACAGAUAGGGAACUGCCGCCCUCGUCGUGUGCGUAAGCAGAAGAGUGAUAUACUAGUGGAUAAAAGUGAUGAAUGAAAUAUGUAGUUAGUGAUAAAAACAGCUAAUAACUAAGACCACGUGAAUAUCUUGACAGAAUGACCAGUGUUGCUUCAUAGAAAAUGAGGAAAAUU